AUGUCUCGCGGCCGAUCAGAGGCACGAGAGAAUCACCUCUGCCGACUCCCAGAUGAGAUACUUCUCCGUAUUAUGCAAAGCCUCGGAGUCGUGGACGUCGAAGUCCUCAAGCGGACCUGCCAGCAGUUCAUGCGCCUAAGUUUGGACUCCACUCUGGACGAGAAGUAUGAGGAACAUGAGGAAUAUGGAGGCGCGUGGGACCCUUACCGUCUAGACCUCUAUGCGGCGAAGCAGCUGCGCAAGGCCCUUCGACGGGACAUGAGAUGCAACGACUGUCGGAGUCUUCAAGAAGAUCAGACUCGCUACGAAAGCACGCUCAGAAAUGCCUACAGAAUGCUCUGGUGUGGUGGAUGCAGAUGUUGGCACCCGGCCUUCCUAUAUUCCUUGGUGGAACGAGAGAAGGCGCCCAAAAUGCGCGCGUGCAUCGGGCUUCAGGGCCACGUUCGACUGUGCCAGCACCACGAGGUUUUCUGGGAUGAUUUAGGCCUGUAUGCCUCAUCGAUACCCAGGAAGAUUUCAUGUGAGUAUGAGGAUCACAAGAGCGACCAAACGGCUAUCAGAACGAAUCGUAGUUAUAGUCAACUCAUGCCGCCUAACGUCCUGGUGAAACGCGGGUACAGAGACAUACAUAUACGUUUCGAUGUACACGUAGGGAGUGCUUCGUUCGGCAGUGCUGAUGGCAAGGAUGUUUCGAGUCAACGAGAUGCCAUUGCCAGCGCUGUAGCUAGCCAAGUCCGGCGCAAUGCUAUAUUCGUAUGUCCGCACAUGGCCGACCGAGAGUCGUAUUUUACGAAGCUGUUACCAGACAGGCUACAACCUCAAAGCGGACCUGGGCAGUCUCUACAGAGGAAAUCCCAGGACUUCAUACAUAUCUCACAGGAUGUCGAACGCCGGGACCUUUCAGUGGCGGCAGCUUGUAAUGUACCAAGUUGCUGCACAGCACAUUUUUCGGUCCUCACCCUUGACGCGGCAAAUCAGUCGGUGCAGGAGAUUUCGCUGGUUUCCACGACCAUCAUCGGCGGCCACAGCCCCUGCUCCCCAGGGUGGCUUGAUGCAUUGGACCCGAAAUCUUACAUCAACAAGAAAGAUAAGCUCACCCGUGGCAUCAUGUGGUGUCCAGACCCGGCAUGUGCGACCAACUUUCGGGGCAUGGGCCGCCACGACCUCUUCUAUAACGGGGACGUACCUCUUGAGAGCAACCAUCGAUACCCCGAGUCAGUGAUCCAAAGGAUUGGCUCCCGGGAGAUGUUGGCCCCAGGUGCCAGGAAAGGGAAGAAUAACUGGGCUGUUGCCGAGCAAUAUCUUUGGACAUACGAUGAGUUUGAAUGA